CUCUGACUCAAAGCCACAUUUGACUCUGCUGAAAUUUUUUUUAGCUGCGAUAUAUAAACAUCACUUCCCCCCGGAUUCGCAACCUCCUCUACAUCCGGUCAAAUUCAAACUACAUGACCAACGAUAGUGCUGCUGCCAACACGUUGGGGACCAUCGGGACGGUCCUCUGGUGCGUCCAGCUUGUACCGCAGAUCUACUUCAACUACCGCAAGAAGAACUGCGAGGGACUUCCUCCGCUCAUGCUCUUCCUCUGGUCGGCCUGUGGCGUGCCGUUUGCUAUUUACUUCAUCUCCAUUGACUCCAAUAUCCCGGUGCAAGUGCAGCCGUGCGUGUUCACGGUUCUCUGCUUGAUUGGCUUCGUGCAGUCGUUGUAUUAUCCGCCGGUAUCAUGGCCCACUAGACGCAUCAUUUUGGUUGUGGUGGCGUUUGUCGUCGGGGCGAUGGCGUUAGAGGUCGGCUUUAUCAUCCCGUUGAAGAGAUGGUACCAGGAAGGCACCACCUGGCCGCCGUUAAUCUUCGGGAUUCUUGCAUCCAUCUUGCUUGCUGCAGGUUUGAUUCCACCGUACUUUGAGUUGUGGAAGCGUCAGGGCCGCGUCAUUGGGAUCAACUUUAUCUUUUUAACCAUUGACUUCUCCGGCGCCGUAUUUUCCUUGGCCAGUUUGGCCGUUGACACUGCAAAGUUGGACAUCAUGGGUUGUGUGUUGUACGCCAUCUGCGCGCUGUUGGAGUUGGGGAUCUUUGCCUCGCAACUCGUCUGGCUCAUUCGUUUCCGCUGGUUGAAGACCGGCCGUUUGAACGACGCGGAGGAUAUUGGUGAUAAAGAAUUUAGUGAGGUUGAACUCCAGGCUACGGACCUGGCUGAAAGGCUCUGCGGUAAGGAGCCUCUGCGAGAAGAUCUGGACGAUCAAGAUUAAACAAUUCCUUGCCUUUCAUACAACGGCUUAACAGCAAUCCUUUCCUUUGCCAUUGUAUUGCAUAGGCGUAAGAUGGCCGGGCCUCUGCCCUGUUCCUGGAUUCUAAAUGGUGCGAUUGGCUCGUCUUUAUUGAACCGAGACUGAACAUCUGCCUUUGCAAAGCUGGGUGGAGAAGCUUGACCCUUCAACUUGAUAUGAACCGCUAGGACCAAUGCUCUCAAAUUUAUGGUAUGCCCGAAAGACAUACGCGACAAAGAUGUCAUCAUGCUGGCACCUGUGAUAGAAUCACAGGUUCAAAGAAGUUGGUAUAUCGAUGGGGAAACUGCUCUCAGAAAGGGGACAGCAUAAGUACUCUAAACCAGCCCCGUAACCUGGCCGGCUAAACGGGAUGAUGCAGUAUUAGUGAAGAGCCGAUAAGUAUGACAUUGAUGUAUGUACACUACAUUAGCAAAGUUGUGCAUGAGAAUAUUGU